AUGCUCCGUAUCAUAUCUGCACGUGCUAUUAGUAUAGUACGAAAUAAUUCGCGUGCAUCCCCACUACCACGAAUGUUCUCUUCGACUCCGGCGGCGUCAACUGCGGCUGAAGAUUUGGAUUUGAUGAGAGCCCGUUUGUUGUACCAAAGCAAAAAACGUGGUAUUCUUGAAAAUGAUAUUCUUAUUGGCACAUUUGCUGAACGAUAUCUGCCCAAGAUGACUCAGGAGCAGUUGGAGUCUUACGACAAGUUGAUCAACGGUGAACAUAUGGAAUGGGAUCUGUUCUACUACAUGUCCGGCAGAAAGGAGCCUCCCGCAGAUGUAGCGAACUCGAGCGCUUUCAAAUUGAUAAAAGCUUUUGUUGAUAAAAAACAAUUUGCUGGCGAUUCUGAGGCUAAGUGA